UCUAUGGCGGAAGCGCCUCCACACAGGAAAGCAGAGUCCCUCGAGCUUCCGGAGGGGGAAGCCGGGGCGAGCCGGAGGUUCCCCUCGACGGGGCGGGGGAAGCUGCUGGAACUAUCACUAUCAUGUUGGAAAAGCACUACUUUGCAGAGCAUCGUCUUCACUUUUUAAAGAUAUGAGCCUGCUCAUACGUAACCUGCAGAGAGCCAUCCCUAUCAGGAGAGUGCCACUUCGCAAGAAUAUAGAACAAAUCCGUCGCAUUUUGGGUGUGCAGCAGUUUGAUCUUGGUGUUAUCUGUGUUAAUAACAGGCACAUACAGCUGCUCAACAGAAACUACAGAUGGAAGGAUAGCCCUACUGAUGUGUUAUCUUUUCCUUUUCAUGAGAAUCUGACAGCAGGGGAGCUGCCUCAGCCUUGUGCUCGAGGUGAAUACAAUUUGGGAGACAUUUUUCUUGGAGUAGAACAUAUCUAUCAAGAGUGUGAGGAGAAUAAGGAAGAUUUCUACAGUAUUCUUACAGUAACAAUUGCUCAUGGCAUGUGCCACUUACUUGGCUAUAAACACAGCACAGAAGCAGAGUGGCAGCAGAUGUACGAAAAGGAAGCACAAAUUCUUCUGGAGCUAAACAGAUUGUCAGACACAAAUUUGCAACCACUGACCAAACACCACUUCUAGGAGCCAUAUUUGUAUGUUGGCUCAGAAAUAAAAGAAAUGAUUCAUUCUG